UCUGGAAUUCUAUUUCGUAAAACCAUUUUUUUUAAUUAUUAAAAAUGAAGUUAAUUUUUUGUGUGAUCACCGCUAUAAUCUGUUUGAAUUUUGUACAGGCCAACUAUGAACAAGAGUUAUUUACCAAUCUAAGAAUCGAUGAAUGUUUCAAUAGAACCCAGACAUGUACAGAUAAAGUUAACCAAGCAGGCAUCAGAGUGACAGAGGCGGACCGACGAGGACUUUGUGAUGCGAAACCUUUAACGACUACAGCUACCAAAUGUCUGAUGGAUUGUCAGAUGGGUGAUUUGAACUGGUUCAACAACAAAGGUUUCCAAAAAGAUAACUAUUUGGAAUUUAUUAAAAAAACAAGUUUGGGUCAAGACAGAGGAUAUGUACAAGCAGCCGAAAAGGCUGCAGGAGUAUGUGAGAAAAAGAAGGCGUCAUUCACAGAUAGCUGUGAAACUGCCUACAUCGUCUUGAAGUGUUUGCAAGAUGAGGGCAACAAACAACAGAGAAUCAAUUUGGGUUAUAGUCUUCUCUACGUUGCACCUUUUUUCUUGGAAUUCGAUUAGAGAACACUCAAUUAACACUCAUUGGAAGAUGACUGCCGCACACUACAGCGAGCAUAUCACCAGAAUUAUUAUGAAUAUUCGAAUCUUUUAAUCUAUACCCGUUUAUUUAACAGAAUAAUCUUUUACUUCAUUUAAGUUUUGACACAUAACAAUUUUAGCCUCCAAAGUUCAUCGCUUAAUUUUAUCGUCGUUAACGGAUACAAUAACUGAACCUUUGCUAAUUUGAAUAUUUAUUUUUUUGGUUACGGUUGUAAUUCUGUUGAUAAAAAUAAAAUUUUAACAUUGCUGAACA